AUGAAACCGUACGAUUAUGGACGAGUUAUAUUUUCCACAUCCAAAGCUCUACCAUCGUUUGAUAUCAACAAAAUACACACUGCUAAGCAAUUGGAAAAAGCUUGGACAAACAACUUCCAACGGUACAACAUAUCGCUAAAGAACGAAUUUGAGUCGAGACCAAUUUGGGACGAUGUUUCAAUAUGGUGCUUCAACAGGAAAACAGACAAAUUUCGUCUAACCCUGAGCGACUUCAGUGACUUCAGUGAGGUGCUUCAGAGAAACCGUUCCACCGUUCUAUUCGUUCAUGGAUGGCUCCAGAGCAAACUGCAAUUUGCGGAAGGCGUCAAACGGUUAGCUUUGGCUGUGCCCAAACGUAACUAUUGUCUGGUGGAUUUUGAAACACUCGCCACGGUGGAAUUGCAACUGUUCAUUAACCAAAUUGCGCCACGCAUUGCCACCUUUCUGGCCGGCUUCGUUCAAAGCCUCGGUGCCUUCGACAUUCCACCGGAACAAGUGACGCUCAUCGGUGAAGGUGUUACCGCUCAUCUUGUUGCACAAACGGGGCACAUACUAGCGGGGCACCUUGGUUCCAUUAUCGGGUUAGAUCCGUUGGGACCAUUCUACACCGUUGGGCCGAUGGUUCAGCGUGAACGCUUCACACUGGACCCUUCCGAUGCUCAGUUCGUGCAGGUGUGGUACAGUUCCAUCGGUCAGCUGGGUUCUCCCGAUCCGUUGGGACAUCAGAACAUUUACGUUAAUGGUGGUCUUCAUCCUCAACCUAGCUGUACCUGUUUCACGAAGGUGUUUGGUGCAGCGAAUCUGUGUAAGUGUAAUACCCUGCUCGUACUAGUCCUUCACGCCUUCCCAUUGCAUUCAACAUACCUUUCCCUGACAGUAACACAGCUCUGCAGUCAUUACUUUGUGGUGGAAGUAUUUAAAGCUACGCUUGAUCCUACCACUGACCUACUCGCUACGAAGUGCCACAGCUACAAACACUUUCUUGCUGGUCGGUGCCGAAUCCAUCCGAAGACGCGCGCCACCACCGAUGGAACCGAUGCAGGCAAUUUCUAUCUCCAGACGUCCUGCAAACCACCGUACCUUUAGCAUUACUUUACCACGAUUCAG